CACUUAUCGUUAGCCUGGGCAACAGUCUUGUUUCUGACAUUUUGGUGGUACAAUGGGACUCGAACAGAUGGACGGGCCUUAUGGCUAUGAUGCUCGGCCGUCUGAUGCCCGGUCUGCCUAUGCGAAUUCAGCCUAUGCAACUCCACUGACCGAAGAUAUGCCUGAUCUGGGUGAUAUACCUGCUAUGCCUGCUUUGCCCCCAAAUGGAUUCCCGAAGCCCACCAAUGGACUAGAGAAGCCCGCGAAUGGAGAUUCGAAGCCUGUCGAGCACAUCAAGAUACCACGAGAAAUAAGAGCUGUGAAGGAUGCGGAGUCGUACGAACCGACAGGAAAGAAUAUUGUCAUAUGCCUUGAUGGCACAGGUGAUCAGUUCGACGCCGAUAACAGCAACAUCGUCCACUUUGUGAGCUGUCUGAAAAAGGCAGUCCCGGAGCAGGUCACAUACUAUCAAUCUGGUAUCGGCACGUAUGAUGGCGGUGGUGUCACCAAUGGCAUCAACGCAGGUCUCGACAUGGCUGUUGGCUCUGGCCUGGGUGUGCACAUUCGAGAUGCCUACAUGUUCAUCCAAGCACAUUACAAACAGGGUGACAAGAUCUGCCUGCUCGGUUUCUCCCGUGGUGCAUAUACCGCUCGAUGCUUGGCUGGUAUGAUCCACAAAAUUCUCGAACCAAAUGACCACCCUGCUAACAACUCCAAGCCGUUCGCAUACAAAUACUACAAGGAUGACACAGACGAAGGUUGGGCGAUGAGCCAGGAAUUUCGGAAAACGUUCUGCAUUCCCGUAAAUGUCUACUUCGUCGGAGUGUUCGACAGCGUAGCAUCCGUUGGCUUCUUCCCACGCAAACUGCCACUCAGCAGCACACCCACGCACCGAGCACAAUACUUCCGUCAUGCAAUGGCGCUUGACGAGCAUCGAGCCAAGUUCAAGGCAUGUCGCUACAAGGUGAAAGACAGCAUGGGCGAGAAAUACACAGUAUCUGCCGAGGAGGAUAUCGUGGACACCGACGCCCGCGAGGUGUGGUUCACAGGAUGCCAUGCAGACGUUGGCGGUGGGGCAGUCAAGAACGAAGUGAGACAUAAGCUGGCACAGAUCCCACUCCGCUGGAUGAUUCGGCAAUGCUUCGAAUGCGACACCGGCAUCAUCUUCAAGACGCCGAUGCUAGCAAACGAGGGUCUCGACAUUCAUACCCUGUGGCCGAGAUACGAGCCCCUCUCCAUCCCAGCUGGUCCGCCGCCCCCAGACAUGCUCGAUCGCUACCACAAAGGUCUCCUUGGCCCCAUCCAUCGCCGAUCCUCCCUCCUCGAACCCGUCGACCACAACGACGAAUACGGAAUGCAUCAUCUCAAGAUCUACAAAGAAACCGACUCAGAAAAGCCCUCGGCAGACUUACACGAACAUUGGACACCCGAGCAAGUCGAAGAUUACUUUGAUGCUCUACAAAAAGUCAACGAUCAACUUGUCGAUGCCAAAGGCUGGUGGAUUCUCGAACUCUGGCCUAUCAAAAUCCGCCAUCAAGCAAAGGACUCAGACAACUGGGUGAAAAAGGUUGGAUUGAAUCUGGGAACAUAUCGUGCAGUGCAGGAUAAGGCUCCAAAUCUUCACUGGACUGUCAAGCACAGGACAGAUCAAAUGGAAUACCGCGUGAGGACGAGAAUGGACAGGAAUGCUGAGUGGAGGGUAGUGGUUUAAGGACUGCACCUUUCGGUGGGAGCUGUGAGGCAAGCAAGGGAGAGGAAAUCGACCAGGAGAUGUGUAAGCUAGUAAUACCCCAGA